AUGUCUAAAGACACUUCAUCUCCCACCAAACCCAUCAGUGCUCUUGAUGAUUAUGUUUUAUUGGACCCUAGUGGAUUAAGAGUUUCUCCAUUAUGUCUUGGCGCUUUGGCCAAAAUUAUGACGUUAAUUAUAGGAAAUUCCUUAAUUUUUAAUUUAAUUUCUAUGAUGAUCUGUUUUGAUCUAACAUAUGAAAAGACUUUCGGAGAAACAUGGGUGGAAACUUCUUUGACACCGCUUGCAAUUAUAACAUGGGUGAACCCUUUCAUUGGACUUCAAACGCGUUAUAAUUUGUUGGAGCGAACGAUGGAAACCGACCUACAGCUUGCCUGUGCUGGACAUGGUGUUGGAAUCAUUCCAUGGGGUUUCUUACCGGAAAAUAUUAAUUCAGAAGCAACAUCGGAAUUUCGUAAUAGAUUUAUCGCAGAACAUUCGAUAUCUGAAAAAAAUUGGAAAAUCUUGGAUGAAGUUAAAGCUAUUUCAGAAGAGAUCGGAAGAACACCUAUUCAAGUUACUUUGAAUUGGACCAUGCAAAAACCUGGUAUUACUUCUCCUUUAAUUGGUGCUAAAACAGUUAAUCAGCUCGAAGAAAAUCUUAAAGCACUUGAAUUUAAAUUGACACCUGAACAAAUGAAAAGACUUGAUGAUGUUUCUGAAGUUGAACAUCCAUUUCCUUAUAAAUUAAUUGAUUUAAUGGAUUUAAAUCUUGGAAAGUAUGGCAAGCCGAGCUGGACUAAACUAUCAGGCAUUGGGCGGGUGAAAAAUCAAGCAUGGAUUGACAAAAUGUUACACUGUGCCUGA